UACUCUCACAGUCGGUCAGUUGGAAGGGAAUAGUAGGCAGUAGAGCAUCACGGUGCGUCAAGACUGAAUUUUUCAAAUUUUAUUCAUUUUACCCCCUGCCAACAUGAGGUUCGAAAUCCUUCCUUGGAUGGCAGUGGUGCUAGUCCUCGCCAAUGUCGCCUUGGCCAGCACGAAGAGUGACAAAGAAGAGAAAUUGAUUUCGGCCAUCGAGGACUUGUUAGAGAAAUUAGAAAAAAUCGAAGACCGAGCCAGUUUCUUGGACGAGAGCAUCCGACGCGUUGAAUACAAAACUGGUCGUGCGAAGUAUUCUCGUGCUGAUCCAUACUUUCCGUGCCCGAACCCUGUUGACAUCGCGCCGUGCAUUUGUACAGUAAAUGAAAUAGAAGUCUACAUGGACAUGGAUUGUAGCGGGAUAGUCUCUAAUGAAGAUCUUAGACGUGUUUUCAGUUCCACAAUGCCGUUCUACAGGUACCGUCAGCUCACCAUAGCUGGUGUUCAAAGUUCACAAUUUACUACCUUGGAUGAGUUUUCAUUUGGUCCAGUUGGUUUUGAAAUUGUGAAUAUCACUGGAACUUUGUUACAGUUUAUUCAAGAUGGAACUUUCGCUCCUUCCGAAGAAUAUUUGACUGCCCUUCACCUAACAAAAAAUAAGAUUAAAACUUUCCCAUUUGAAUCGUUGAAAACACUGACGGCACUCACAACACUGGACUUGUCAUAUAAUGAUUUAGGAAUAGUUCAAAACCUCGAAUCAAGCUCGUUGCGAACGCUUAAUCUUGGACAUAAUCCUUCACUGGAAAUUGGCUCACAACUGAUAUUGAGUAUGCCUGCUCUUACAAGGCUCUACUUACAAAACGGAAACCUGUCCAGCUUUGACCCCGGUGAACUGGGGCCCAAUGGCUUGACUUAUAUCAAUCUAGCAAACAACAAAAUUACAAAUCUUAUAAAAGAUAGCAUUGCUUCAACGAAUUCUUGGACGACGGUUCAUCUUGAUGGGAAUCCUCUAAGCAAUGUGGACGUAAAUUUUCUCUCGGAGGUUCAUGUCAACGCCACCAUAGCGCUGGUCGGCACAGAGAUUGUUGAAUUCGACAAGGAUGUCUGGAGGGCUUAUUUAGAGAGGCUGACGUAUGGAAAGGUCGACAUGACAAACAACCCGCUUCGCUGCGGAUGUGACAUCGCCUGGCUCUACGACGCUGCCAAUCUGUACACAAAACUCAGCGACACCAGCGCCUGUUCUGACGGCACCUUACUGAGCGAUAUCCCGCCUGAGGCUUUCCCUUUCCACUGCCCUUAGGCACUGAAACCAACGUCUGUGGGGCUGCAAUCCAGUUUAAUGAACCGGCUUUUAGUUAUUUUUACAUCAAGAUGUGAACUUUCGAAGCACCGGAAAACUUUUUGAAGAAUUUCUCUAAAACUUUUCAGAAAGUAGUCAACUUUAGUGCAAUUCAAAUAAUAUAUUAGUCAAUGCUGAAACGUCAGAAAGGGGAAUUGCUCAAUACCUUGGAAAUAAACUUGAAGUGAC